AUGGCAACGAAAGCAGCUUCGCGCCCAUUGGGGCUGGUGAGGUGUUUUCUCUAUUUUGUGGUGUGGGUGUUUAGUUUGACGAUUUUUGCGGUUAUUGCAGCAAAGCUAUACCGUUCCGUCUUCGGUAUCAAGAUUUGUGCCCUGAGCAGCGAUGAAACUUCUUUGAGCUUCUGCCAGUGGGGCAUAGCGGCUGGUGUUAUCGGCUUUGUCGGGUACUUGUUCCUCGAUAUAGCGCUGAUCUUGAGCUUGUUUACCUCUAUGCUGGAGAAGGAAAUUCUCUAUAUAGAACUCGUUGUGAACGGUUUCUUCAUCUUGUGGUAUUUGGCAUUCGCAGUGGUCAUGAGCGUGGGCGUGGCACGCUACAAGAGUCUUGUGGGGUCCAGCGAUUCGUACGUGAAUACACCAGCGGCUCUGAGUUGGGUAAGUUUCGCUCUCAUCAUCCUCGCAGAAAUCCUGGUUAUGGUGGACUUUCGCAAGCCGAGCGAACAGGAGUCAGCCGAUGAGCCGGCGGAAACAGAAGCUUAA